AUAGUUCGUCAUCCUGCUUCGCCAAAAACAAAUAAUGCGAAUCGGGUGCACAUCAAGAUGGCGGUAAAUUUGAUUAAUGAAAAUAACUUACGAGAAAUAAAGAAUGACCUUCGUAUUUGUGCUGAAAAGUGUUUGUCCAGGGGGCUUGUCCAUACUGCAAAAUGGGCUGCGGACUUAUCCCUAAAUAUCAAUGUUACUCUACCUUCUGAACAACCAAAGACAACCCCGGAUAUUGCAUUAUGGUCUGAGUACGACCGCUAUUUAUUGGGUAAAUCAUGUUUUGAUUCCAACGAAUUUCAAAGGGCUGCCUUUUAUUUGGAAGAUUGUCAAAGUCAUCAUUGUUAUUUUCUCAAGGUUUAUUCCUUGUAUUUGGCUGGCGAGAAGAAGAAAAAUGACCAGAAAACUGAUCUUCUUGGCCCUUUAGAAAAAACUUCAAUUGUUAACAAAAAUCUUGAAUUACUCAAGAUAGAGCUUUCUAAAAAGCAAAAACAUUUAGAUGGCUUUGGUCUUUAUAUGUUUGGAAUUGUAUUGAAGGAGCUAGACUUGAAACAAGAAGCAUUAGACAUACUUCAACAGUCUGUGCAAAAAGAACCAUUACUUUGGGCAAGUUGGCUAGAAAUUGCAGCUCUCUGUAACACAAAAGAAGAGGUUCAAAAUCUAACGUUACCGAAACACUGGAUAAGGAUGUUUUUCGACGGUCAGGUAGCUAUUGGGCUACAACAGAAUAACGAAGCUCUUCAAAUGUACACAGAUCUUUUGAACAACGGCUUUAAGAGAAGUUCAUAUAUUAUGUCUCAGUUAGCUCUGGCACAGUAUAACUUGAAAGAUUUUGAUGCCGCUGUUGAACUCUAUGAUGAAGUUAAUAAAGUUGAUCCGUUUUCUGUUGAUAACAUGGACACAUACUCCAAUAUCUUAUAUGUUAAAGAAAUGAAACCAGAACUUAGUCAUUUAGCUCAUCACUGUUUUGAAAUUAAUAAAUACCGAGUGGAAACAUGCUGUGUUGUUGCGAACUUCUACAGUUUACAAGCAUGUCAUGAGAAAGCUAUUCUUUAUUUCCAACGAGCAUUACGGCUUAACCCACGAUAUCUGUCAGCUUGGACGUUAAUGGGACAUGAAUAUAUGGAAAUGAAAAACACUUCGGCAGCUAUCGAGUCUUAUCGUCAAGCAAUCGAGGUUAGUCCGCGAGAUUAUCGAGCAUGGUAUGGACUGGGUCAGACAUAUGAAAUAUUAAAAAUGCCGCUGUAUAGUUUGUACUACUUUUCUCAAGCUCAACGGUUGAAACCAAACGACUCUCGUAUGGUUGUUGCACUCGGAGAGUGUUAUCAGAAACUCAAUCGUGUGGACGAGGCUAAGAAGUGUUAUAGACGAGCUAUAGCAGUGGGGGAUUUUGAUGGCAUUGCUGUUUUACAGUUAGCAAGAUUGCAUGAACGACUCCUUGAGGAAGAUGAGGCAGAGAAAUAUUACACAAAUUACAUAAAAAAGAUUGAAGUUCUUGGGGUUUUGUCGACUGAGGAUCUACCUGGUGCCUAAAAAUUUUUAACUCGCCAUUUCAUUAAUAAAAAGAAAUAUGAUGAUGCUGCAAAAUUUGCCCAAAAAUGUUGUGAUUAUGCGGAGACUCGUGAAGACGGGAAGACAAUGCUUCGUCAAAUUUCCGAACUUCGAUCUGUCGCCGAGUGUACGUCGACGCCAGUGAAUCGUGUACC